AUUAAUUGUGGUUUGUAAAUGUGGUUCUAUCAAGCAAUAUCUUCGGAUUUAUGUUCAAACUUCAAAGUGGUCUAUUGCUCUUUAAUUACUUUAAUUUUUAUUGAGCACAUCUCCUUAGUCCUUACAUCUUAUUACUUUAAUUUUUAUGUUCGGUGAUAGUUUUGGACAGGUGGCUAAAGCUUUCUUUGUAAUAGUACAAUCGGCGCCGGGAGCAGAUUUAACGGAGAACAAAACGGCGUCGUAUGAGUCCAUUAUUUUGCUCUCUGCUUCCACCCAUACGUAUGCCUCCAUUUUUUUCGGGUAAAAGACUUAGAAGCAAUAGCCAAGUUGUGUGAGCGCUCAGUCGUGCUUCACUGUGUUUAUAGCUUCCACCUGUUCGAUGAAAUGCCUCAGCGGAAAGCACACAUGAUUGAUAAAAGAUAAUUUCAUUUGCUCGCUUUGCAAUGUCUCAGCUCAAAGUUGUCUCAUUUAUCUGUAAAACUUUGACAAGAAAAUUGCAUUCCCCAAAUCACAAGCUUCAUCAAAAUCUAAGGCCAAAUUCAUUAGCAUCCAAACAUAUUCAUGGGCAUGCCAGCAAACACGAAUUACAACAUCUAUUUGCUACAAGGGUAUCAUUUAUCUUGAAUAAAGGUUCGAGAUUUUGGGUACCAUCAUUCAUCAGUGGGUCCUUUCAGCGGUUUUAUUGUGCAGAAAAUUCUGCAUUGGAGAAAACAACAGAAAACUGUAGCAACGAUUCCAUUGAUGAUAAGGUUUACAAGGUUGUGAUGGAUCACUUUAAGCCAGAGCAUAAGAUGGAGAGAGCUCUUGAUAAGCUUGAAAUGGAAUUAACGACGCCAUUGGUGGUGGGGGUCUUGCAAAAGCUUCAUUAUGAAGAGAAGUUAGCGUUUAGGUUCUUUACGUGGGCAGGACAUCGAGAAAAUUAUAGUCACGAGCCCCAGGCGUAUAAUGAGAUGCUUGAUAUAUUGUCUAGUACGAAAUACAAGGUGAAGCAGUUUCGUAUUGUUUGUGAUCUUCUAGACUACAUGAAGAGGAAUGAUAAGCGUUUGGUUCCUAUAGAAGUCUUGUUGACAAUUCUUAGACAGUAUACUGAAAAGCAUUUGACACAUCUUCAUAAGUUUGCGAAGAAGAAGAAGAUAAGAGUGAAGACACAACCCGAAGUAUAUGCCUUUAAUUUGUUGUUGGAUGCUUUGUGUAAGUGCUGCCUUGUGGAAGAUGCCGAGGCUAUGUUUAAGCGGGUGAAGAGUAAGGUUAAGCCAACUGCUGAUACUUAUAACAUUCUUUUCUUCGGUUGGUGUCGUGUUAGAAACCCAGAUAGAGCUAUGAGCAUUCUUGAACAUAUGAUCGACAUAGGGCAUACGCCCGAUAACUUCACCUAUAAUACUGCCAUUGACACGUUCUGCUCCGCAGGGAUGGUGAUGAAGGCUGCUGAACUUCUCGAGUUCAUGAGAACUAAAGGUUCAACCAUGUCUUCUCCCACUGCAAAAACUUAUACUAUUAUGAUCUUGGCUCUUGCUCAGAAUGAUAUGAUGACGGAAUGUUUUAAAGUUCUAGGGGAUAUGAUAAAUAGUGGAUGUGUUCCUGAUGUUUCAACUUACAAGGAACUGAUUGAAGGUAUGUGUUUGGGUGGAAAGACUGAGGCAGCUUAUAAGCUUUUGGAAGAGAUGGGAAACAAGGGCUACCCUGCUGAUAUAGUUACAUACAACUGUUUUCUUAAGGUCCUUUGUGAUAAUAAAGAGAGAGAUGAGGCACUUAGGCUUUAUCAGAAGAUGAUCGAAGUGGGCUGUAUUCCAAGUGUACAGACCUAUAAUAUGCUAAUUGUUAUGUUCUUUAGAAUGGGCGACGUAGAUGGAGCCUUUGAGACAUGGCAUGAGAUGUCUAAGAGGGGUUGUGCGCGUGUUACAGAAACAUACUGUGUGAUGAUUGAAGGGCUUUUUGAUUGCAAUGCUACUGAAGAAGCAUGCUUUCUUUUGGAAGAAGUUGUUAGCAGGGGUAUGAAACUGCCAUACCGAAAAUUUGACUCAUUUUUAAUGCAGCUUUCAGCCGUUGGUGAUUUACGAGCCAUUCAUAAACUGUCAGAACACAUGAGAACAUUCUACAACCCUGCUAUGGCACGACGUUUUGCCGUCAAUCAGAAGCGGAAGAGCAUGAGCUUAAGAGGGAAGUGAAAAUAGUUUAUGUUGUCUAAAUUGGAGGCUGACAUCCAUCUUGCUGCCUUGAUGCUCAUGGUUUGAGAAAUUCAGUUAAUGAGGAAAUGCUGAUCUUUGAACCUAACAGGUCACUUGGCAAAUGGCUUGAAGUUGUUAUUGCAAAGAAAGGAUUUGUUGUGGUCAGUAUUAUUCAUAUAUUGAAAAGGAAAGAAGAAAGAGGUGCAUCAUUUCAUUCUGUUAAACAUAAUAGAAGUUAUUAAAACAUGGUUAACAGCACAAAAUGUUGUGUGUUAAUCUUAGAUCAUCUGUAAUUGUUGAAGAAUAAUUGAUCUGCUUACUUAAUUCACUUGGCAAUCCUCUGAUCUCAAGAUUCAACUUUGUAAGUAGGACGUAUACCAAUCCAACUAUAUUGUCAAAGAUGGUAACUAUUUGGAUUU